ACGGCCGCCGCGGUGGCCAAGCCCAAGUCGCGGGGCGCGCCCCGCCCCGCCGCGCCGGCGGCGCCCGCGGAGCGCCAGCCCGCUGCCGGCGAGGGCGGCGCGGGGGGCGCGAAGAGUGCGCCGAAGGCCAAGAAGCAGAAGAAGAAGGGCGGCAAAGGCAAAGAGAAAGCUGAGAAGGCCAGCAAAAAAACGAAGGCCGCCGCCGCCGAGGUCGCGGCGCCCCCCGAGAGGGAGGCCGCCGCCGCGCCGGGGCGAGCCGCAG